UUGAGCAUUUUGCACGGAAUUGUUGAUGUUGAAUGUGAAAUGUUAGGCCUUGCUCGGUGUAUUGCAUAGUGUGCAGACUGUGCACGUGCUAUGUUAACGAUUAACAGCGUUAGGCCAAGGUAUAGCUCCAGAAUGUCUCGUGGUGAAAUCCGUUAUCACAAAGAGAACACGGAACUAUUUCCAUGGAUGUCUAUGAAGAAUGAUACCAGCGAAAUUAGCGCGACAACAGUGCCACAUUUUCGUAUUGACCUGUACAAAACCUGGACAUUGGAUAGCACUGUGUGAAACCUCGCAUGAUCAACCCGGCAUGCAGUGACUAAACAGAGGGUCUGGUGAUGGGUGUCAUGAAGAGCCUUAGCUCGCGAUGUGCCUUCUUCCUGGGGUUCAUCGUGGGCUCCUGCACCCUGUACUUCUUUCUACGGCAGGCCUGGUUUGAGCGGAGCUUCACAGCGCGCCAAGGAGCCCAGGGGAGUGGGCCAGAGAUUGGGGUAGCGGCGAGGGAAGGCGGUGGCAGCAGCAAAGACUGGAAGGUGGAUGGAGCAGCUCUGGUUAGCCUGGGACACCCUCAUGAGAAAGGUGAAGACAGCCUUGUUGCAGACGAGCUGUUUAAGAAGGUGCGCAUUCUGUGCUGGGUGAUGACCGGUCCCAGCAACCUUCAGACCAAGGCCCGUCACGUCAAGGCCACGUGGAGCCGCCACUGCAACGUUCUGCUCUUCAUGAGCUCCGAGGCGGACCCGGACCUCCCGGCCGUCGGUCUGGGCACGGGGGAGGGCCGCGACCAGCUCUACUGGAAGACCAUCAAGGCAUUCCACUACGUCCUGGAGAACCACGCCGACGAGGCCGACUGGUUCCUCAAGGCCGACGACGACACCUUCGUGGUGGUGGACAACCUGCGCUGGGUGCUGUCCAACCACACGCCCGAGGAGCCCAUCUACUUCGGGAAGCGCUUCAAGCCGUACGCCAAGCAGGGCUACAUGAGCGGGGGAGCGGGCUACGUGCUGAGCAAGGAGGCCCUGCGGCGCUUCGUGGAGGGCUUCCGCACUAAGGUGUGCACGCACACCACCUCGGUGGAGGACCUGGCCUUGGGCCAGUGCAUGGAGAAGAUGGGCGUGUUGGCGGGUGACUCCAGGGACACGCUUCACCGGGAAACGUUCCACCCAUUUGUCCCUGAGCACCACCUGACGGGGAAGUUCCAUAAAAGCUUUUGGUACUGGAACUACUGCUUCUACCCCAUUGUAGAGGGUCCCCAGUGCUGCUCCGACUUGGCCGUCUCGUUCCACUAUGUGGACAACGUGCUGAUGUACAUUCUGGAGUACUACACCUACCAUCUGCGGCCCUUCGGCUACAGGCACCGCUACCGGCCCCCGGUGCCCGAGGUGGUGGCCGGGGCCACCCAGACCGAGAGGGUCGAGGCGGGAGCGCCGGCGGCGGCGAUGGACCCUGGUCUCGAGGCCCACUCCGCGGAAAAGAGGCCAGGUCCAGCGAACGCCGUCACCCAGGGGCAACCAGGGCCACCGGCGGACAGGCUGCCCGUGGCGAAGGGAGCGCCGGGUGAACAUCCGCCCAGCAACAACAACAACAACAACAACAGGACUGAACCUGUGAACACAAGUUCCAAACAGUAAACCUCCCCCUGGGGAGAGUCUUUAUGUGCUGCCGUGUGCGUGUGUUUUGCAAUUUCAUUUGAAAGGGAAUUUGUAAUUAGUAGGUCCACAUCAGUGCUCCUGCAGUGAAGAAUGGAGAGGCACAUACUGUAAUGCAGCUUUCAUGUGCUGUGGGAGGCCGCUGGUAUGCCUGUGCAGAGAUGAAUGGCUAUUUUUUUGCACUGACCAUCUCUGUGUCCUUGGAAGGUGAUGAUUGCUUCUUUUGCUACUUUGAGUUGGACAUCUUACACAGAGUGGCUUGUUUUCUAUUCUUUAAAACCAAUCUACCAUUUCGAUUACUUGCAGGGAAAACAGGAGAGUGCACGUCAUGGUGAAUGUCACAGUUGAUUUCAGCCCUUAGAAGAUGGCCACAUUAAGCUGUGGCUUUUUUGUGUCAUUAUUUCACGUCUUGAGGUGUUUCAGUUGAAUGUGUAACACAGUUGAGUUUUAUAUAUCGAGGUAUUUCAGUCACUGAUACCUUCUUUCACCAGAGUCUUAAUGACCCGGUCUGGAAUCAUUUCAGUAGAGGUCAGUGCUAUUACCUCACAUGUCUUUGGCAAACGUGUGUGAAAGGAAUGGUAAUGGCAAUAUCAGACACUAAAUUGUCCAUCGGAGCAGAUGAUAAUUCACCAUGAUGGAGCUCUUUGCACUGAUUAUUGCCCAACUACUGACUCACAGUUUUUUUCUCCAUUGCUGAGACACAUUUUCAGAAACAGUCCAUAAUUUUCUCAAAACUACCUACACAUUUUCAAAACGACACUCGCACUGACAUGCUCUCUAGCUUCCAGGUUAAAAUCAGGUAUGAUGCAAACUAAUGUUAUCCUAAUUUAUGACAUUUUAGCAUGCCCCGGGUUUGAAUUUCCACUCCUUGGUGUGGUUGAUGAUGACCAUAUUGACUACUAUUGUUGAGCAUUUUUCUCUCUUCAUUUGUCUGCCUAUCUCCAGAUUUCCCCUUUUUGUUAAAUCCACCAAAACACAAACAUAAUUCCGCAAGUACUGAUGUCACCCAUUACUAAGGGGCAGCCGUGGUGUACUGGUUAGGGCUUCGGGCUUGUAACCGGAGGGUUGCCGGUUGAUCCCCGACCAGUCCACCAUGGCUGAAGUGCCCUUGAGCAAGGCACCUAACCCCUCACUGCUCCCCGAGCGCUGCUGGUUGGGCAGGCAGCUCACUGCUCCGGGUUAGUGUGUGAUUCACCUCACUGUGUGUGUGUGAUCAAAAAAGUAUAUAUUCUAUUCUUUUCUAUUCUACUAUGGAAUUGGAAAGAAAAGACAAUGAGACCAAAGUCCAAAUGUUAUAUCGUAUCAUACACAUUUACCGUUCAGUAUAACACACACACACACACCAGUUACAGCAAUGCAAAUUACAUUGAAAAUGUAUGCAGUCGUGAAAUGGCACACUACACAUUUUGCUGCACUCAUUGUUCAGCUUUAUCAUAAUAAUCCCACAUAUGAGCACUUGAUGAAUGAUGAUGAAUUUAAUUUCUCUUUUCAAUUCUGCAAUUCUGAUUGGUGUGUUUUCAGUUGUGUGGCUUUCACCAUGAAAAAUGUGAGCUUAUCGAGUUCAGAUGGUAAUGCCUUGAAUAUAUUAUAUCAAUUGCAUGUGUUUCCUAAAUCAGCUUAACGAUUACACAUUGAAGAAUGUGUUAUAAGUGUUUACAUACAGUUUUGGUUAGACAGUGCAUAUCUGAGUGAAUAACCAAGGCAAAGCUACAGGCUCUCUUACAGGGUGGACCAGUUAUUGUGUAUUAGCUAUUGCUACAUUUUGUUCAGGUGUCAGGAGUUUUACAUAGCAUUGUCAAAUGUUCAAUCAGCUGGCAUUGUAGUGUACCAGACCCAGCCUGCCGAUCUAAACCCUCCCGGUUAAGACACAGUUCUCUUUCUGACACAGUUGUGCAUGUCUAGCACACAUAUUUGACAGGAGAUCAAGUAGAUUUCGGAGUAAUAAUAUUGGGACUGAUGCGUUGAUGAUGUGUUAUGGAUCCAGCCAUCCAAUCAGCAGAACAAAUGGAGGCCUUAGAUGUAACAUUGAUGUGAGAAAUUGUAUUAUAUACAAUUAUAAGGAAUGUUAUUGUCAUCAUAUCAAAUAUGUCAGACCUUAUUUUCCUGGCAGUAUUUCAUUUACCAAUACCAAUAAUUAUAAACAUAUGGUAGUUAUGGCAUUAUGGCUUUGUUUUGAAGUGAUUGAAUACACAUAAUGCAUUUGUGGAUACUGAAUAUUGUUGUUCUGUUGUCCUGUCCCCAUUCACCUUAAAGAUAAUUAUUUUGUAUGACCAUAUUACAUCUAUGCAACGUUAUUGUACCGGUAGAUGAUUUCUUCUUUCUCGUGAGCCAGAAUGAGAGUGGUCAUGACACCAACAUCUUUCCUCCUUGGACUGCUUGUAUAGUUUACGGACCUGUGUGUAGAACAGUUUUGGGCUUCUCCUUGGUCAAGCAGUCAUCUCUCAGUUUUAUGGGCAUUGCCUAGACAGAAGUUACUGUUGAAUGUCAUUUUGUUAUGUUAAUAGGAACAGAAGGAUGUCUCUCUUCCGUUGUCGAUGGUUACUGUUGUGAACAGUUAACGGUUGGCUUUACGGUUGGGGAGUUUUGAAGAUUAAACACAGAUUCUAGCAGCCUAUUUUUCUAUAAAGGAAAUAAUUACAGUGACAAACAGUGAGUGUUUGAGGAUGAGAGAAUUUGGUUGUAACCUGGGUAUGAACAAAAAGACUGAGCUUGGCAUUUCCAGAACUAUCUGGUACCCCUAGAUGGAGCUCAAUAGUGACAUUUAGUCAUGCCUGAAAUUCACCGUGGCACUGUAUGCUGUGGAGAGACUGCCUCAAUCUCUGUAAAAAUCCACUUCUCUAGAGACACUGUGAUUUCAUGCUUAAAUAGCUGGAAGGAUAACACCUGGUGUUUUACUUAAUAGAGUUUGUAUCCUUGUUAUUUUGUUGUCACUUUAUUACAAUAAACUCUGUUGGUUCUGUG